CGAACACUUCCGUCUCGCGCCGGAAGCGCCGUACCUAGCAGAUCUGGUAGUUCAGCGCGCGGACUUGGAGAGUUUGAGUGGCGGGACCGUGGCGGCUGCGAGAGUGGGCAGUUUGGGCACCCGAGUCUGGUGCGGCGAUGCUGACCCCGGCGUUCGACCUCAGCCAGGACUCCAACUUCCUGACUGUCGCUAUCCGCGUGCCCUACGCCCGGGUCUCUGAGUUCGACGUCUACUUCGAGGGGGUCGACUUCAAGUUCUACGCCAAGCCGUACUUUCUCAGAUUAACCCUUCCUGGAAGAAUUGUAGAAAAUGGAAGUGAGCAGGGAUCCUAUGAUGCAGAUAAAGGAAUUUUUACCAUUCGGUUGCCCAAAGAAACUCCUGGCCAGCAUUUUGAAGGACUGAACAUGUUAACUGCUUUACUGGCGCCAAGAAAAUCCAGGACUGCGAAACCACUUGUGGAAGAAAUAGGUGCUUCUGAGGUUUCUGAGGAAGGAGUAGAAGAUGACGACGAUGAAGAGUUCGAUUGGGAAGUUGAACAGUCCCCCUAUGAAGAGGUACCGGAGAGUGCUUUGGAUCCGGAGUGCCGCUAUGGUUUUGGGAACUUACGAUCGGGAGUGUUUCAGCGGUUGCAGGAUGAAUUGAGUGAUGUUAUCGAUAUUAAGGAUCCAGAUUUCACUCCUGCAGCUGAACGAAGGCAGAAACGCCUGGCUGCUGAGCUGGCCAAGUUUGACCCUGAUCAUUAUCUAGCUGACUUUUUUGAAGAUGAGGCAAUUAAACAGGUUUUGGAGUAUGAUCCUUGGUGGACUGAUACAUAUUCGAAAAUGAUGGCCUCUAUGGAAAAGAGUCAGGAGCAAGAAAAUCUUGCUGCAUUAGUGUCUUUUUCUGAAGAAGAGAAGUAUCAGUUACGAAAAUUCAUCAAUAAAUCUUACCUGCUGGACAAGAGAGCCCAUCGUCAAGUGUACUACAGUUUGAUUGAUAUCCUUCUGGCCUAUUGCUACGAAACUCGUGUCACUGAAGGAGAGAAGAACGUCGAAUCUGCAUGGAAUAUCAGAAAACUGAGUCCAACACUGUGCUGGUUUGAGACUUGGACUAAUGUUCAUGAGAUCCUGGUGUCUUUCGGAAGAAGAGUUUUGUGCUAUCCCCUUUACCGCCAUUUCAAGCUGGUGACGAAAACCUGCAGAGAUACUAUAAAGAUAUUGCAACUAGGUAAAAGUGCAGUUUUAAAGUGUCUACUGGACAUUCACAAAAUUUUUAAGGAAAAUGACCCAGCUUACAUUCUCAAUGAUCUCUACAUCUCAGACUACUGUGUGUGGAUUCAGAAAGCCAAGUCCAAAAAGUUGGCAGCUCUUGCAGAAGCCCUAAAGGAAGCAUCCCUGACCAAGGCCCAGCUGGGAUUAGAGCUGGAGGAACUGGAAGCAGCAGCACUUCUGGUCCAGGAGGAAGAAACUGCAUCAAAAGCAGCGGCCCAUUCCGUUUCCGGGCAGCAGACACCGGCCUCCAGUUCUGAGACCAGCGAUUCAGAGGAAUCAGACAGCACCACAUCAUCUGAGACUGAAGACUCAGACUCUGAGCAGGAGGAGCCCAGAGGCAGUGAACCCGAGGCAGGAAAUGCCUUGCUCGGUCUCUUUGCUGAGAAGAGCGGUGCUGCCCUGCUCUGGGAUGCCGGUGUUGAGGGUACAGCCUCGGCCCUCCCGAGCUCUGAUGUUGGCCAGGAGAAGCCGCUUGCCCCUUCCCAGGCUCCUGGAGCAUCUGGGCCUCUGAUCCAGGAGCUCGGAGAGCAACUGGAGACGACAGUCCACGUUUCCGAGCCCGAGGGCUCCGCUGCUGGAAAGCAGGGUGGUGUGCGGGGGAGAGACUGCCGGCAGACGCCAGAGGAUUGACUCUGAGUGGUCUCAUCCGUUGUUCAAAGUUAGGACAGAUUUGGUUUUGUUUACUGGGUCAGAAUUCUUCCUUUUCACUUGAACUUUUCCUUAGUGGAUACAGCAUUGGUUGUCAUGUAUAAUUUUGAUAACUGUUGGUUUUCUUGUUGCACCUUUAAAAAUAAAGUUCUAAAGUUUUUUUUUAUUCAAGUGUAAUUAAUAUUUGAAAGUGAAAAUAGUAUUUCUGCCAGAAUCUCUAGAAUGUAAAGCCCAUUAAUAUUUUUAAUAGCUUUAUGGAGAUAUGUUAGAUAUACAAUAAACUGCAUCUGUCUAAA